AUUUCAUUUCAUACAUUAUCAGACAUAACCUAAAGCCACUCUUUUAACCUUUCGCCAUCUACCAUAUAUUUCCCACAAACAAGCAAGUCAAUUAACAGUUGAUCUACAUUGCAGAUUGGAUUUGGUCGAUCGAUUGAGCGGUUGUGAAGAGUGUUCUUCAUUGACAUAAUCACAUAACAACAUCCAUCACUCUCACACUUGUCCAGAUCUAAUCCAUCUGUCAACAUGCCACUGUUUCGAAAAAAGGAAAAGGUCUCUUUACCUCCUCCAUCGGCACCGGAAAUACCGAAAUUAGACUGGAACGAAACCCAACAUUUGGGUAAUCUGGGAAACGGAUUCAACGAACAUACGCUAGACACAACAACGUCAAAUGGUCAUGCAAGAUCUAAUCAACCUUUCGAGAAUGCUGGCAGGAUUGGAUCGAUUGGGGUGGAUGUCACUCCUUCCUUGCAACAAAGUCGAAAGUAUGAUACUAUGAGCAAUAUUGCAAACAUUAAUCCUCAGGAUACACGACAUACCAUCGGUCACAAGCCUAAGACUAGCUCAUUAUCAAGGAGCAUUUCACAAGGUGCGGUGCCGUACCAUCUACCUUGGACACGUAAUCUGGUACGAGAUGAUACCGGAGGAAUGGCUAGCUUAGAUCAAAGUCAGACGAAUGGGAGCCCAUCCACAUCUCCUCCAUCCGCAUCAAGAAGAAAGAUGGGACCGCCACCUUCUGCAGCAAAUAAUCCACAUGGAUUACCCGCUUUGUUUAAUCGAUCAAAUGAUUUCCGUGUUUCGCCAAAUAGUAUACCCCAACCAACUGCAUCGCAAAGAAGGCAUGUGAUGGACGCUGCAAGAAGUCAAAGUUUACGUAGGGCAAAAGCGCCGGCAGAAUUGAAUUUGAUGGUGUUCGGUGCAACGGGAACGGGAAAGACGAGUUUCAUUCGAACGUUGCUGGCAACGUGUGAUCUUUCUUUGUGUACGGAUGAAGCCAAGAAAGCGGCUUCCCUUUUUGGAAUCUCGCCUGAUCAUAAACAUCCAACUCAUGAUAUGGAUCCGAUCAUGCCUUUGCGUACGAAACAAUAUGAAGUCUUACAGGGAAUUGACUUGCAUCCAAGUUGCUUGAUUCCCAUCUCGGCGUUAGAAGCGGGAGCGGAAUCUACGGGUAGAUCACCUGCUGUCAAGCAUCGCACAACUUCUAUGAUCUCGACUCGAACAAACAACACUAGCGGUUUUGGAAGUGGAAGAGUGCAAUUAUCCAUUUGUGAUACACCUGGAAUUGAUUUUAAUUUGGAAGACGAUUUCGAGAUUGAGAAAAAGGUGAACGCAAGCUUACGUUUCUUGGAGGCAAAAUUGACAAAAACGUUAUCCGAAGAGAAUAAAGUGCAAAGACAGCCAAGAGGAGAUGGAUUGAUGCAUUUGAUAUUGUACUUUAUCGAUCCGGUAUUUAUGAUUGAUCGAUUCCAUACACGAAAAGCAAAAAUCUUACGUGCUCGUUAUGCUUCUGCUCAAGUUACUGAAAGGAACAAGAGCAACGAUCAACAGCAAAAACGUAUUCGAAGUACAUCAAUGGUCGGCAAUUCUUCUGUUUCUCAACCAGCUGCUUAUAGUGGGAGUUUGAGUAAACAAGCACAAACUGCUCAACUACGUCAAUCGAUGGAGAUGAUUCAAGCAAGAUCUAGUUCAGCAAAGUCAAAACAUAGCGCUAAAGGAUCGGUUUCGACCGUUGAUAUGCCAAGUUAUAAUUCCGAUGUACAAGCCAGAGAGGUGGCAGAGGAAGAGUUGGACGAUGAAGAUGAUUGCGUGGAAGGUCUGUCGCAACGUGAACUAUCCAUCCUUUCAAGAUUGAGCGAACGAGCAAAUGUAUUACCAAUCAUUGCUAAAUCCGAUACGCUGACAUCUGCACAAUUGGAAGAAGUACGAACGGCAGUGCGCAAUUCGAUCAUCAAAGCCAAUAUUGAUCUCGGCGCAUUUGAAGUGGAAGGCGUUCGUAGAAAGAAAAGAAUUCGUCCUCGUGAGCCGCAUCCGAUCUCCUCUGUCGUACAAAGAGGCGAGUUGGAAGAAAGCACUCCUGAAUCGUCAGCAGAUGCACCUUUAAGUUCAGAACCUGUCAAGGUGAUCCGAAUCAAAUCUCGCCGAUCAUACAGUGCACAUUCGGGAGAACGAAUGGCACCUUCUACAAGUGGUCAUUCGAUAGGCGGAAAUAAUGUAUUCGAUGAGACUGUGGAUGAUGGCAGUAAUUUGGGACAUACAGCACCUCUCUUUGACAGCAAAGCAAGUCAAGCAGAAGAUGAAGACGAAGAAGAUCAGAAAUCCGCUCCGGAAGCUAUCUCAAAGAUGGUUCCUUUCUCCGUAUUUGUUCCUGAACCGAUCAGAGUACGCUCCAAACAAUCUAAUACACAAACAUCCGUACCACCAACUCGCAAGCUAAGCAUGAACAGCAUCGCAGAAAAUCUGCCGCCGGUGCCCAAAUUGCCGGAUGAUAUUGCAAGUAUCAAGAAAGGACGUCCAGGUACAAGUUCUACAGUCAGUCAUUCUGAUCCUUCCAAUCAUGAAGGGGAAAAGGUGGAAGUAUUGGAAGCAGAGGCUGAGAACGGAGCUGGAAGCGGACAACAAGGUGGACGACAAUCUCUGGAAAGUGCUUCUACACACCCAACGUCUAAUGGCAGCACACCCAUUCCAAACGGUGGUGGAAAUCGAUCUUCCAACUCUACUCCCGUUUCUGUUCAAGGUGCAACAUUCUCUUCACCGCCGCCUGGACCGCCACAAUCUACAAGAUUUGUGCGAGAAUUCCGUUUUGGAAGCUCAAGCGUUUUGGAUGCACGACACUGUGAUUUCAGCUUAUUGCGAACGUGCAUUUUGGGAUCGCACGUUGAGAAGAUGAGAGAAGUGACGAAUGAUCGAUAUGAACGUUUCCGAAGUCAAAGAUUGGAAUAUAAACGACAACAUGCAAAAUUAUCUUCUGCUGGUGCUCUUUAAAGAGCAGCACGUACGCCACACAAACCAAUGAAUGUUGGUCAAUAUGUGCAAAUAAUAUACCUGUGUGAAUUUUUAAUCUCUUUUUUUGUACUUCUUUUUAUUUCAAAAAUAUCUAGUUUGUCCAAUUUCCAUCGUUGUGAACUGAUCGA